AUGUCUGAAUCGAAGAAGAUCAGCCUCAGCGACACUGUUGUCGCCGAGGAGAAAAACGCACUCAUUGCCUUCUUGGACAAAUACGAGACUGGAAAAGAUGUAUUUACCGGCUACAAUGCGGUCGAUGGAAAAGUGCAUAUCCUUAUCCACGACCCCGAUACUUAUGAAGUCAUACACCGAGGGGAAUUUCAAGAUAGCGGCUUGGGACAACAAUACAUGGAACAACAGCGAAGUUCUGUGAGUCAUGAUGUUUGGACGGGACCUAAGCCUGGCGAUGUCAGAUUUGGUGGACCUGUUGAAGAACGGGGUACGAAAGGCAGUAACUCUUUAGAAUGA